AUGAAAGCUGGAGGAAGUUGCAAGGCUUCCUGGGUGUGGCGAGACAUUCCGCAGGAUCUUUGGGUUUCAGCUGCAACUACCCUGAAGCUGCGUAAUAUCAAAAGCUUACCAGAUGUGUGCCCCCAAGAAUGUCAAGACGCGCAGCUCAGACUGAGCAAGUCAACCUUCAAAGUUGGUGAGGCAGAUGACUUUGAGGAUGCGCUACAUGUGCACUUCGAUGCGUCACAUCUGGCUGCUGCGGCUGGCGUUGUGGCGGCCGCCAGCAGGGCACCACGCCGGCAGCGUUCGGCGCAGGACGCGCAGGGCCUUGAUUUUCUGCGGAGGCCGUCGAUGGCCAUGGGACCAGAGGACCUAAGGAGAGAACAAGAAAGGCCUGGCUACGUGAAGAUGCUUCCCAUGCGUCAGCAUUUGCCAGCCUUUCACAUGGCGAAGGAGAUUUGUAGCUCUGUGCGGGACAAUCAGGUGACCUUGAUUUUGGGAGCGACCGGUUGUGGGAAAACGACGCAGAUCCCGCAGUUUCUACUGGAAGAUUGUACCCUGCGCGGCGAGCCAUGCCGCUUGGUGGCCACCCAGCCACGCCGCAUCUCCGCCGUCUCGGUGGCCGACCGAGUGGCCACGGAGCGGGGACAGACGCUGGGCGAGUCCGUGGCGUUCAAGAUCCGCUUUGAGGAGAACAAAAUCAUCCGCUUUGAUGAGAUCACUGAGACCACGCAAGUGAUUUUCUGCACUGUGGGAAUUUUGUUGAAGGUGAUGCAGAGCAACCAGUAUCUGGAAGGGGCGACCCACAUCGUGGUAGACGAGGUGCACGAGAGGGGCUUGCACACGGACUUCCUGCUGAUCCUUUUGCGAAGAUUGCUGAAGGAACGCCCGGAGCUGCGCGUGGUCUUGAUGUCUGCGACUGUGGACCCCUCGGCCUUCCAAGCCUACUUUGAAGGCAUCAACACCGUGAGCAUCCCUGGAAAAACCAACUACCCCAUCGAGGAGCUCUUCCUGGAGGAUUUCCUGCUGCAGCUGCCUGAGCUGGGAGGUUGGCGCUCGAACCGCCAGAUUCGUAGCUCGCCCUUCUCCCAAAAACCGUUGGCAGUGCCUUUGGACUGGGAGGGCGUGGCUGCUGUGUUGGGCGAGUCGGCACUGGUGGAGGAGGUAGUGAGGGUCCACAACGAGAUGGCGGAUGUCAUUGAUCUUGAGCUCGUGCUGCGAGUUGUGAAAAUGAUCCAUCAAGGAGGAGAAGAGGGUGGCAUCCUGAUUUUCAUGCCUGGCUGGGCAGAGAUCAAAGAGAUCAUCGACCGCUUGAAGGAUCGAACGCCUGGUCAAAGCUUCGCUGGGGACCUGGUGAUUCAUGCGCUGCAUUCGCGGCUUCCCACCUGGGAGCAGAAGCAGAUCUUCCAGAGCCCGCCCGAAGGCCAGCGGAAGGUCGUGGUGGCCACAGUGCUGGCAGAGACCUCAAUCACUGUGGAGGAUGUGGUCUAUGUCAUCGACCCUGGGCGCAGCCGCACCACCUUCUUCAAUGAGCAGACCAUGAUCUCAGCCUUGCGCACUGUUUGGUACUCCAAAGCCAAUGGCUUCCAGCGCCGCGGACGUGCAGGGCGCUGCCGACCUGGCGUGUGGUAUCGGCUUUACACCUCCAUGCAGUGGGAUGCCAUGGAGGAGUACGAACUUCCGGAGAUGCUGCGGUCGCCUUUGGAGGAAUUGUGCUUGGAGGUGGCCUCCUUGGGGCUUGGUGUGCCGGAGGAGUUUCUGCAGGAGGCGAUCUCGCCGCCCCGGGCGGAAGUGCUGCAGCAUGCCGUGGAGCUGCUGCAGCGCCUGGGUGCGGUGGAGGGCCGCGGCGAGACGGUGACGCCCUUGGGUGCAAAGCUGGCGAAGCUGCAGGUCCACCCAAUGCUCGCAAAGCUGCUGCUGCUUGCGGCGCCCUUUCGUUGCUUUGAUAUGAUGUUGACGAUUUGCGCGUCUUUGGGCUACAAGCCGCCUUUCAUUUGUCCCAUGGGGAUGGAGAAGGCCGCGAACAAGGUCCUGCAUGAAGUACCGGAGGAUCAUGCGGAUCAUCAGGCCCGUGCAAACGCCUGCAAAGCUGUGCUGACGGCCGGGCUCUACCCGAACCUCGCGUGGCUUCAUGGGAAGGGUCGUGGCAAAACCUUGCAGAACUUGCCGGUGAAGCCACACCCUGGGAGUGUCAAUGCUGCGGAGAGUCAUUGCCUCAUGGUGUUCUACGAAAUCCAGGAGACCACAGACCGGUGGCUCUAUGACUCCACGGUGAUUGGAGCAGCGCCCCUUCUCCUUUUUGCGCCCGCAUUGACCGAGGUGCAUCGAAAGCAGCGGGUGGUCUUUGAACUGGAGCGGUGGCACAUGGCUGUGGAUGUGCGGGUGGCAGAUGAGCUUCUGAAGUUGAGGCGCUUGCUCGCCAGCUUUGUGAACGAUGUGGUUGGGGAGCGUUUGACCCCCACUCAGUUGCAAGCGGCAGAGGCCUUGCAGAAGGUAUUCGCAGAACAAGUGGAGACCACCGGUGGUACUGAGGAUGAGGCUGAAGGUGGUGAUGGGGAGAAUAGUGCGAACAACAGUGUGAUUGAAGAUGCUUGGGAUUCUCAACCGCAGGCCUAGCAGGGCGGACCCUAGGAACCUAGCUCCACAUCUGUGUGGUGAGGCGCGUCAAGAAAAAGGUGCGUCCGGCUGCG